AUGGAACCCGGUAUCUCUUCUCAGUUGGACGAGUGCUGUGAGCUAGCCGAAACUCAUCACGCAGACGCGGACCCGACUUCUCACUCUGUUUCAAUCGCUCCCAACGCCAUUUCUGUCGAUGCUGGUGGUGCUGGUGGUGACGCUGGUUGUUCAUUCCCUCUGACUCGAGCAGCGACUACGACCAAUACUAUUCUGAACUCACCAUCGCAUGCUCUACUUGGAGCGGAGGAAGGAGACGAAUGGAUUCCACUCGUGUUACCACCGCAUCGUUAUCAUCCGAGCGCACCUAGUUUUGGCAUGCAAACAUCACUAACGACGAUGACCAGGACAACAUCGUCAACAAUCGCAUCGUCAUCCUCAUCUUCCUCCAUAGCGCUGUCUUCACCGCGACAACAACAGCUUCUUGGUAUGCCCUGCUGCGUUCAGUCGCCGGUCGAUUCCAUCGCCUCGGAUGGCAUAUCCGAGGUCGAAUUAGGAACUUCGGCUUCGGGGCCUCCGACCAGUUCGACCAAUGUGCUUACCUAUGCAAUUCGAGGUAUUCUUCAAUGGGCUGAGGCGUUGGUUGCAAGUCGACAAACGGCCUCAGCUACGGAACCAAUUCAUCAAGUCGCUAUGUGCACCUUGAAUGAAGCUGUCGACCUGCUAGUGUCGCUCAAUUCCAGUCGGCGUCCUACGGACUCUCGCUCCCCGGUUGGCACUCCCACAACCAGUUCACUCGGUGAUACACCCGAAGCGGUCACUAUGGCAACCCAUUCCGUUGCGAUGGAUGCUUUGACCGCAGCCCUUGUCUCUCCGGUACCCGAGUUCGAGUCGUCUGCAUUAGCCUCAUCUCUGGCCCCGGAUGAAAUCCUCGACCCCGUGUCUCGACCAAUGCCUGUCCAAGUUCAUCCGUCUGAUGGGUUCCGACGGAUAUUUGGUCAUGGUGAACUGCCCCGCGCAACGGACGAGGCCGCUUGGUCAUCGCUACCGGCUCCGAUAUCACUUUCAGUGGCAGCAGCACAACAGCAUUUUUCAAGCACAACCUUUGAGACCUCAUCUCCCCCGUCAAGACCGCAAUCGUUAGCACCACCAGUUGAACGACGAAGUCUAGACACGUUCGAGUCGUUUUGUGUACCCGGUUUGGGAUCGACCGACCCACGUCCGGAUUGGCGCAGUCUACCGCGCUCCUCUGAUCAAUCGCGUCUUCACCAAUGA